AUGGAAACCAGUGCAAAUGCCCGUCGGCGUCGAACGGAGCGUGGACCCCGAUCCAAGAGUGAUGGCCUAGGCUGCCGAACGUGCAUUAGCAAAAAAGUAAAAUGUGACGAACAACAUCCAUUAUGCCGCCGCUGUGUUCGCCUUCGGCUGCAGUGUGAAUGGCCUGGUUAUCAGCCUUCCAUGUCAACCAGAAGACGGGGCCUCGGUCCUAUCAAAAGCCGAGAUGCUUGGGAUCCUCCACCUAUUCUUCCCAUACCGCAGAGCCAAGCUGAACCAGUGGACCUAGACAACCUUUCCGGGAUCGAGGAAAUCAGUGACUCCAUAAUUGAGUCACCGACCACUGUUCAUAAUCACCACCUCGAGACUAGGGCCUUCAAUCUUUGGUUUGAUACCGGUGAAACAACCAGUCAAUUGAAUAGCCCAGCUCAGGAAAUAGAGACGGUCGAACAGGAGGACCACGCACCACUCUCUAUUUUGCUUUCUCCGCAGCCGCCCCUCAACUUCCAAGCCACACUGGCGGCUAUCUUAUUCGCCCGUGAGUCAGAGACAGACUAUACUCCCUCGCUUGGGAGUAAUGACUCACAGGCGGUGUCGUUUUAUCGUGGCGUGCUCGCGCCUCUCAAAUCCACUCGAGAGGCAGCGUCAUCGGCACAUGUUUUGUUCCUUGACCUCGCAUUACAGAAUACCAUGGCUCUUCAUUUUCUUCUCGCCGUUUCCCAUAACGAACUGGCCAUCCAUCUGGGACCUCCCAACUAUCCUCCACAGGAGUCAUGGAAGCAUUUUGAAUACGGCUCUGAAAUAUUUCUCACGGCACUUCACCCUUUGGCUCGUUCAACUUAUCCGGACCAUGUUGCCACAAUGCUAUCGUUCUUAUACAUGUACAUGUUCUGGAUGAGGAUCCCUCCCCUCAAUGCCCAGAACUUGUGCCAGCUGAGUGUUUCCGUACUCACCUAUGUCAAGAGUCAUGGCCUGUAUGAAUUAUGUGCAGAUUCUGUAUCAUUGUCCGCUGAUACAGUGCUCCUCUCACGAAUUCUCACUUAUCUCUAUGACCGGGAUGGAUUCUGCAGUUUCUUUGGCUGCGGAGGUGCUUUCGCUAGCUACGGGAAUGAGAACCAUGACAAGCGCCAUAGGAUCUGGCAGUUAUCGAAAUCUAUCUUUGCAUCUUCAGAUGGCCACACAACUGCCUCCGCGAUGUCUAGCACGCAACGGCCAUUGAAUUCACACAUUCGGAAUGUCUAUUUCGAGUUAAUAUCCAUACAUCACGAUAUUAACUGUUAUAGCCAGGCCGCCGAGGGCCAGGCACCUCGAUUACUGAGGAAGAUCAAAAGAAACCUUGCUAUGGCGCAAGAUGAAUGCGAAUCCCUUUCGCGUCUUGUCGCGCAAUGCAGAAGACAAGGAAGAAGCCCGCCACUCAUGGCUCUGGUGGCUGUCACGUUCUUCCACGCCAUCCAAAUAUAUUUUCACCGCUGCCGCGACUCAUAUUUUGGCCAGCUCCCAGUAUCCGGUGAGAUUCAGCAAGCCUUGAGCGAUCUUAUCACCACUGCAUUCCAUACUAUUGCAACAGGGCCAGUGCAGCUUCUAGAAAGGUUCCAAUGGUCACUAAUGAUAGCCGGGAUGGAAACUCAUGAUCCGGUUCAUUUACAGUGGAUCCUGGCGAAUCUCUCCGACCCUAUCCUGAAGAACUUGCUAAAUAUGGUAAAAGGGGAGCAAGAAUUACUCAGUAUCUCAAUCAAACAAUUGAGACAAAUCAUUGAUCCGGUUUCUCAUGGUGAUAUUCGGCGAACGUUGGUUGAUUUGUAA